GUGGCGUGUGGCAGCCAUUACGUUUUUGAAAUUGGCCGAAUUGGCGUCGCUCAUUCUUUCCGAUUCUGCUGGUGUGUGGAUAUUCUUAACUUAAUUGUUAAUUGAUGAUAUAAUCCUAAGUUCUCCACAGUUCUCAGCAUCUAAAAUGAGUGAUUUAAAAUCGUUUCUUCAUCAGUUUUGCCAGAAAAAUAAAAAAGAACCUGCAUUCGAAGUUAGGCCGACAGGUCCUAAACACCGUCAAAGGUUCUUAUGUGAAGUUCGUAUAGAGGGUUACAAUUAUGUGGGUGCUGGAAAUUCAACAAACAAAAAAGAUGCCCAAUCCAAUGCUGCUAAAGACUUCGUUUCAUUUCUUGUACGGCAGGGACACGUUAAUCAAAAUGAUGUUCCUGUAGACAUCGAUGCCGCACCUGCACCUACCAUUCAUCAUGGUCCAAGUGAGGUGUUAUCUAGUGGUCCUCAGCAUUCUGUUUUCGAACAGGGCAUGGGGCCUUCUAGUUAUGGAGAAGCUUACCGCCCUCGUGGUAGGGAUGAUGGUGAUUGGCAUUAUAUGGACAGAGCUCAAGAGCAACAAAAAAUGGAAGAGGCUGAAGAUUUAGAUGUGAAUGCCCAAAUCCAUGGAAAUUGGACUGUGGAGAAUGCUAAAUCUAAAUUGCAUCAAUUUAUGCAGGCGAAUAAGAUACAUGCUGAUUACAAGUAUACCCAAGUUGGUCCUGACCAUAAUAGAACAUUUGUUGCUGAACUAAGUUUCUAUGUAAAACAGUUGAGUCGAACAAUUCAUGGAAGAGAUACUGGUUCAAACAAACAGACUGCCAGCAAGAGUUGUGCUCUUUCUGUGGUCAGACAGCUAUUCCAUCUUGGUGUCAUUGAGGCAUUUUCAGGUACGUUGAAGAAGGAAAGGAAACCGGAAAACGAGAUGACGCCCUUCCAGGUGCGCAUCUCCCCCCAGCUGCGCACGCAGAUCCAGGACUGUCUCAACGAGCUGAACGUCCAUCCGACUGCGGUGACCGACGGCAAAAUGAAGAACGAGAACGGCGAAAGUCAGCCGGUCUCGUUGCUCAGCACCCACGUGCUGGACGACUUCCAUCCGGCCAAUCCGACGGCGGCCGGCGUGGUCACGUGGUCGCCGCCGCAGCCCAAUUGGAACUGCUGGACGGGGUGCAACAUCGACGAGGGGUACUUGGCGACGGCCACAUUGGAGGGGUUGAGCGAGCAGAUGCUCACCGAUUGGAAGGAUCGCAUGGCGAACGACACGGCGUUGAAGAAGAGCAUCCAGGAGCGGCAGAAUCUGCCGACGUUCGCUAUGAAAGGGAAAAUCAUGGAGGCCAUCAACGAACACCCCGUCAUCAUCAUCAGGGGCAACACGGGCUGCGGCAAGACCACGCAGGUGUGCCAGUUCAUACUGGAAGAUUACAUCAUGUCCGGCCAGGGCGGGUGGUGUAACAUUUGCGUGACUCAACCGAGACGCAUAUCGGCCGUAUCGGUAUCGGAGAGGGUGGCGUCCGAACGGUGCGAGGAAUUGGGCCAGAGCACCGGCUACUCGGUCCGCUUCGAGUCCGCCCUGCCCAAGCCGUACGGCUCGAUAAUGUUCUGCACGGUGGGCGUGCUGCUGAAGAAGCUCGAGAACGGGCUGCGCGGCGUCAGUCACGUGAUCGUCGACGAGAUCCACGAGCGCGACGUCAACAGCGACUUCAUCAUGGUGGUGCUCAGGGACAUGAUCCACACGUAUCCGGAUCUGAGAGUGAUCCUCAUGUCGGCCACCAUCGAUACGACGCUGUUCUCGAAGUACUUCAACAAUUGUCCGGUGAUCGAGAUUCCCGGCAGGGCGUUUCCCGUCAAGCAGUACUUCUUGGAGGACGCUGUGGAGCUGACGAAUUUCGUGCCGCCGAUGGACACGCGGAAGAGGAAGUCGAAGGGGAAAGACGACGAGGACGAGGAGAGUCUCGGUGCUGACGGUGCCGACGAGAAUUUGAACAAGAUUGUAACCGGUAAUUAUUCGGAGAGGACGAAAAACGCCAUGGGCCAAAUGAACGAGAAAGAGAUCAGUUUCGAACUGCUGGAAGCCCUCCUGCUCUACAUCAAGUCUCAAAAUGUGCCGGGGGCCGUCUUGGUCUUCCUGCCGGGUUGGAAUCUCAUUUUCGCCAUGAUGAAACAUCUACAAGGUCAUCCGGUGUUUGGCGGCUCGCAGUACAGCAUCCUGCCGUUGCACUCGCAGAUACCGCGAGAGGACCAACGCAAGGUGUUCCAGCCGGUGCCCGAUCACGUGACCAAGGUCAUCCUGGCGACGAACAUCGCCGAAACGUCGAUCACCAUCAACGACGUGGUGUUCGUCAUCGACAGCUGCAAGGCCAAAAUGAAGAUGUUCACGUCGCACAACAACAUGACCAGCUACGCGACCGUGUGGGCGUCGAGGACCAAUUUGGAACAACGAAAAGGUCGCGCCGGUCGUGUCAGACCAGGCAUAUGCUUCCACCUGUGCUCGAAGGCGCGCUUCGACAAGCUGGACGAGCACAUGACGCCCGAGAUGUUCAGGACGCCGCUGCACGAGCUUGCGCUCAGCAUCAAGCUGCUGCGCUUGGGCUCGAUCGGCCACUUUCUCAGCAAAGCGAUCGAGCCGCCGCCGCUGGACGCCGUCAUCGAGGCGGAGGUGCUGCUCAGAGAGAUGAAGUGCCUGGACAGGAACGACGAGUUGACGCCGCUAGGUAGGAUAAUCGCCAAGUUACCGAUCGAGCCGCGACUGGGCAAGAUGAUGGUGCUGGGGUGCAUUUUCAUGUGCGGCGGCCCAUUGGCGACGAUGGCCGCCAACUCGUCGACGUUCCCCGAAAUAUUCACGCUCAAUCCGGGCCAGAGGAGAUUGAGCUACCACCAGAUCGCCUUGUCGGGAGACAGGCAUUCCGAUCAUGUCGCCAUGUUGACGGCCUUCGAGUUGUGGGACCACGCGCGCAACAGCGGCGAGGAGGCCGAGCUGCGCUUCUGCGAGUUCAAGGGCAUCAGUAUGCCGACGAUGCGCGUCACGUGGGAGGCGAAGCACCAGCUGCAGCAGAUCCUCAACAACGUCGGCUUCCCGGAGGAGACGAUGGCGCCGCUGCCGAUGGAGACGGUCGGCCCGGACGCCAGAUUGGACGCGGUCAUGUCGCUGAUGUGCUACGGCCUGUAUCCGAACGUGUGCUACCACAAGGAUAAGAGGAAGGUCCUCACCACCGAAAGCAAGUCCGCCCUCAUCCACAAAACCUCGGUCAACUGCAGCAACAUGGACCAAGGUUUCCCCUAUCCCUUCUUCGUCUUCGGCGAAAAGAUCCGCACGCGAGCCGUCUCCUGCAAGCAAAUGUCGAUGGUGACGCCGCUGCACCUGCUGCUGUUCGGCUCGCGCAAGGUCGAAUGGGUGGACGGCGUGGUCAGGCUGGACAACUGGAUCAACCUGGACAUGGACCCGGCGGUGGCGGCGAUGGUGGUGGCGCUGCGGCCGGCGCUGGAGAGCCUGGUGGUGCGCGCGUCCCAGGAGCCCGAGCAGAUUCUCGAGAUGGGGCCGGUCGAUCUCAAGGUCGUGUCGACCAUCAAAGAGCUCUGCAAACUGCACGCCGGCAGCUUCGAAAUCGAAAGGAACAAGACCAGCAUCCUGGCAUCGAGACGGCCGCCGAGAGGCCACUCGAUCGGCGGCUACAGCGGCCCGCCGCCCAAGUUCUUCAGGGGCGGUCGCGGGGGCGGCAGCGGUAACGGUUACGGAGGCGGUUACAAUAGCGGAGGCGGUUACCGAGGAGGCGGCGGUGGAGGAUUCAGAGGUGGACGUGGCGGAGAUUUCGGUGGCGGUUUCGGUCGGGGCGGUGGCGGAUUCAGGGGUGGCAGAGGCGGCGGAUUCAGAGGCGGUUAUUGAAUGUAGGAUGUUUAGGUUUAUUUUAUUUUUUUACUGUCAGCAUUUGAAUUGCGUUCCUUAUGCAGUGUUCGGAAAUUCGACCAGUAAUGCUUCACCUGUGAUAGUUCUCGUGAUUUGAUGGGGGAUGAGGUAGAAACAUGAGGUCCCUGAGUGGUUAGUUUAAUAGAGACAGGAUGUUGGAAAUUGAAAAUCUGUUUUUAUGGUGCAAUUCAAAAACGGCUGAAUCUUCUUCUUUGGUUUUUGUGUUUGUUUCUCCUCAUUUUUUACGCCUCUAGGGAAAUUUUUGUAAUAAGGCAACCCAUCAAAUUAUGGGCUGCUUGGCAUACAGUCACAGUGAAAUUAU